UUUUUAGUAGAUGAUAUAUUCAGUCACACAUAAAUUCCUGCCCAGACUUUGCACAGAGUGGUGGGUAGAGGGUUGGGGCCUGGAGGGCGAGUCGUGGUGCUCACGGAACCACAAAACUACCCAUUUCUGCCUGAGGUGUAACAUAGCAAGGGUCAGCUGGUCCCAAGACAAAGUGAAAAAGGAAUCAAGAGUAUUAUCCUGAGCAUGUGAUGCUCAUAAUAAUCUCUGUGUGUUUGAGUGUGUUUUUUCAGAGGACAGCCCCCAAAGCGGCUCAGUGAGCAGGGAGAGACCAGGAGACUGGAGUCUGGGUGUAUGAGGGGGUGGACGGAGGCUCGGGAGCUGGCUGGAUGUUGGGUCAGACGUUUGUGAAGGCAGCAGAUCUUUUCCCACAGGACUUUUUCCUCCAUAUUGUAAAACUGAAGUGGAUGUGACGUUUCAUCAUGAGGACGCUGCUUGAGUCUGUCAUUCUGUUGGUCCUUGCUGAGGUUUGUUUAUGCCAGUUCCCUCGCCCUUGUGCCAACUCAGAGAGCCUGCGAACUAAAGAGUGCUGUCCCAUAUGGGAAGGAGAUGGUUCUGCUUGUGGAGCCAUGUCAGGCCGUGGAUUUUGCACAGAGGUCCUGGUCUCAGAUGAGCCCAAUGGGCCACAGUACCCUCACAUUGGGAUUGAUGACCGCGAGCGUUGGCCUUUGGCGUUUUACAAUCGGACAUGUCGUUGCGCUGGAAACUAUGGAGGCUUCAAUUGUGGCGAGUGCAGGUUUGGUUACUGGGGAGCAAACUGUGCUCAGUACAGGGAGUCGGUCCGCCGGAACAUCCUGACCAUGUCGCCUGCCGAGCAGCAGACGUUCAUCUCGUACCUCAACCUGGCAAAAAACACCAUCAGCCGCGACUACGUCAUCUCCACGGCCACAAGAGCAGAGAUGGGUGAGAACGGCGAGAUCCCCAUGUUCUCAGACAUCAACACCUACGACCUGUUCGUCUGGAUCCACUACUACACGUCCAGGGAUGCCUUCCUGGGUGGGCCCGGAAACGUCUGGAGAGACAUCGACUUCGCUCACGAGUCCGCGGGCUUCCUGCCCUGGCACAGAGUCUUCCUGCUCCACUGGGAGAACGAGAUCAGGAAGGUGACGGGGGAUUUCAACUUCACCAUCCCAUACUGGGACUGGAGGGACGCCCAGUCCUGUGAGGUGUGCACCGACGCUCUGAUGGGUGGACGCAGUUCCCUCAAUCCCAACCUCAUUAGUCCUGCUUCUGUCUUCUCCUCGUGGAAGGUGAUCUGCAGUCAGCCAGAGGAGUACAACAAUCGAGAGGCAUUGUGUAACGCUACAGCAGAGGGGCCACUGUUGCGUAAUCCCGGCACCCAUGACCCAAACCGCGUGCCAAGACUCCCCUCAACAGCUGAUGUGGAGUUCACGGUGGGGCUCCCUGAGUACGAGGCGGGAAGCAUGGACAGAUUCGCCAACAUGAGCUUUAGAAACGUCCUGGAGGGUUUUGCCAGUCCAGAGACGGGUUUGGCGGUGCCAGGGCAGAGCACCAUGCAUAACUCCCUGCAUGUCUUUAUGAACGGCUCUAUGUCCUCAGUCCAGGGUUCAGCCAACGAUCCAAUUUUCCUCCUGCAUCAUGCUUUUAUUGACAGUAUCUUUGAGCGCUGGCUCAGGACCCACCAGCCUCCUCGGACCAUCUACCCACGUGCCAAUACCCCCAUUGGCCACAACGAUGGCUACUACAUGGUGCCCUUCCUUCCUCUCUAUAGAAACGGAGACUACUUCCUGUCCAACAAAGCUCUGGGAUACGAGUACGCCUACCUGUUGGACCCAGGUCAGAGGUUUAUGCAGGAGUACCUGACGCCCUACCUGCAGCAGGCCAGGGAGAUCUGGCACUGGCUGCUGGGCGCCGGGAUCCUCGGAGCCGUGGUCGCUGCAGUCUUUGCUGCACUGGUUGUUGUCGUAAGGAGGAGGUGGAGGAGGAGGAAGAAGAGGGCGUCGAGCUUUGGGGAACGACAGCCGCUACUGCAGAGCAGCUCAGAGGAAGGCUCCUAUCAGACCACGCUUUAACGCACAGAUCCUGACCGCUCACGUGGAGAUGAACAAACAAACUAAUCAGGGUGUCUUUAAAUGAGAUGCAGACCAAAACAUGACUUAAUAUAAUAUUAUUUUACAGGAAUACAUCUGAUACGGCUGUUUAAUAAAAAAACCAGGUGCUGAUGAGACAGUGAGGCAUUUCUAAAGAUUAAAAACUAAAAACCUCUCCUCACUUGAGUAUAAUGUCUUUGCAUUUCUGUCAUCUGCAUCUAAAACAAUAUAAAUAAAGUAGUUUUUGUGGCAUCACUGUUAGAAAAAUCAGUAACUACAUAAUACAGUCUGGUAUAAUCCCAGUUAAUACCUCAUACUUACAGGGUAAAUAUUUGAUACUUACCUAAAUUUAUUAACCUGAUGCACUCCUGGUACUUGUCAGGCUGUUUUACAUUUUGCUUCAGGAAAAUAUAUUUUCAGUUCUACUGUCUCAGUUAAAAACAGAGAGCUUGUUUUUUUGUUGUUCUUACUUUUGACAUUAAAGACUUUAUUUCCCUCAUUGUCAGGAACUAAACCAUAUGUAAUGUCAUUGAUUACAACCUUUUUAAUAUAUUCAUGGAUAAUUCAAUUUUCAGGCCAGGGUGUGAAUAGCAUUGGUUCACUUAAAUAGACUGUUGUUGUGUUUUGUUUUUACUCAAAUAAAUUACUAUUGAAGUGGUGUUAAAGUCAGGUUUGACACUGUUCUCGCUGUUAAACUCCCUUUUUUUUCCCUUUUUUUGCUUAAUACAAAAUAAGUCAGAUGUACAAUAAGCCAAACAAUGAAACACAAAAGAAAAUGUGAAAUAAAUGUUCUGCCCUUUGGAUAAACUGUGGCUGACAUCAAUGCUUUUUCAGGUGUAAUUCUGUUCAAACAUUUCAAACAUCUCAGUGGCGUUACAAAGUCACAAAGCCUUGGCAGAACCAAAGAUCAUCUUGUCUCUGUGAUUAACAAGAACUCCAACAAAAUCUAAAAACACACUUCAGUGUGUUUCAGCGGUGCCAACGAGUACUCAACUCUGAUCUGUAAAAGGUUUUCCUCACAUGGUAACAGAAUGAAUCAUGUGUUUGUGCUGCAUUAAAGCCAAAGAUGAAUCAAA